GCCAAUUCCAUAAAUUACAAUGUACGAAUUCUCAGAGUACACUGUACUCACAAUGCAGUGAAAUCCAUGUUGCCAUUCCAAUGACCCAGUGGGGACAUUCAUUGGUCGCCACUUGCCACCCUCAGCGAUCAAUCCAAUAGGCGCCCGCUAUCGAUGGUGACUUGCCACUCGCGCAAUUUGCCUCUUGACCACGACGACUUGCACCCUCCGCCGAUACCUACUACAUUUCUUCCAUCUUCUAAGUCGCAUCGAGGUAAAGGAGACUUCUCCUUAGCAAGCCACAUCGGAACGCUCAUCGCCUUCGUCGCUGCAGAAUUUCCUAUGGCUCUCGGAUUCUUCAAAAAGCCUCGCGCCUCGAAUAGAAGUAAGGUCAUGCAGAUGUUGCCAGCCCAUCAAGUCGACCACAAUCCUUCAGAAUGGGCCCGAACAUAUAUGGAGGCCGUCGCAGCCAAGGCGACCUUGAAUGUCGCAGACAAGGUCACGGUCACUGCAAGUCAACAAGUUUUAACGAGCGGAAGGGACAAACCGCUCCCGCCACUGCCCUGGGAGAUGGUGUCGAAGGACCGGUUUGAGGGGAAGGACAGCAGCGGAGAAUGUGAGAAUGAGGUGAAUGAGGAUUGGAUGACUGGAGGCACCCUCCUCCGCGCAUUCCAAUCGUCGGAGCAAGGCACACCGACCGCCUCCGCCGCAGAGUCGACAGUAUCAUUCUUGCAAGAAGAGAACGACAGCGUUCUCGAACACCAGUGGGGAAGGGGCUUGGCUCUGGACAUGUUUAAGAAAUGGCCGAUGGACGCAUCUUUGGCCUCGCAAACGGUGAGCACACCGAUUUGCCGCGUUAUAGGGUUAGAGUUGAUGCAUUGAGAAAUCGCAAGUCGUCCGCAGGAUCGAGCACCCCUCUUGCGACCUCUGUGGGAGACCACAGGGGAAGCACAGGCUCUGGUGCGAGUUCUUCACCGCCCUCGUCCGACGUGAGCCUUGGUGGCA